AUGAGAAAUAGGACCUGUGUGUUUAACACCACAAGAUCCUGCUGGAUUAACUUCAACAAUAUGGAACUCUUUAGUUUUUUGGAGAAGAUCACACUGGAGGUGAUCUGCAAUAAUACUCGGAUUGCUGAGCUGCCCAAAUUUCAUCCUGGCCACCAUGUUAAGCUCCGCCCACCAGAGCAGCUACGUUUUACUGAGGGCAACCUGACAUGGAGCAGAGGAGCACGCUUUCCCUCAAGAAUCUCAAAAUAUGAGUUUCAGCUGCAGGUCAAAUCCAAAAAACAACAAUGGGAGGAUGUAAAGGCAAGGCUUCAGGGAGGGACAUUCGCGCCACUGGCUGAUGACUUUGUGUGUGACUCACUGGAUGGUGAUUUUAUGGAGUGUGAGGCGCGAGUGCGCAUGAAGCCCGUUGACCCUAACCCUCCAAAUGAUGACGGUCAGAUACAAGGUCAGUGGAGCGACUGGAGCUCCUCUGUCACCUGGAAGAAAAAGGUCAACAACAAACACGUCCCACCGAUCGACGAUCUGGACAUCAUUCUUACACCAGUCUGCAUUCGCAGACACAACUGUAUAUUAAAGACAGCGAAAGUUCCAGACCCGUCCAAGUAUUUUCGUCCGCUUAUUGUCGAGCACAAAGGAAAUUUUCAGCAAUGGAUGGGUUGUCAUCACUCAGCGAUGGUGUUCAUCCCCCCUCAGUCAUGUGACUGCGAAAUCUCACCCGUGGAUGAAAUCUCUGAGAUUUGGGACAACCCACUGGUGAGUGACACAAACGUCAACUACGGUAAUCUGAAUACAGACGGGUACAACAGCCACCUCUCAUCUGGAAUCUCCAACAUGGGCUACUUCUACAGCGAGCACCAGCCCGGAUCUGUCUCCCUGGACACCUGCCCCGUCUACUUCACCUACCAUCCUGAAGUGGGUCCUGUCAAGUCCACGUCAUCCUACGAGCACCUGCCCGGAUCUGAGCCAUUCAGUCCGGACUCUGGCUUCGGCACGGCCGCGGAAAAGGACGAUCCGGACGAAGAGAAACUAGCAGAGGAUGGAGCUGGGAAAGAACCGAAGGAGGAAUGCAGCAGGGUCAACGUUCCACACCUGGUCUCAUUCGUGUUGUCUUUUCCGGAGACGCCGAGGGUCGCUGUGCCUCCAUGCUUCGCUGAGCUGUCGCCCUGGCAGGAGGAGCCGGAAGCUUUUGAAAUCAGCAACAGCGCUGAGCCUCCAGAGGUGGCCGUGGUCCGACCCUCGUCCAUGGUGGUGCAGCCCUGCAGUGACGGCUAUUUAACCCUGAAGGAGAUGCAGAAAUACAGCAACAAGUCCAUCUGA